UAAAGAUUCAAAACUCGACGGAACAAAAGCGAUACGUGGUGGAAUUCCUUUAAUUUUUCCUCAAUUUGCUAAAGCAUCUGAACCAUCGGCAGAAACAGCGAAUCUUCCACAACACGGUAUUGCUCGCGUUUCUACAUGGAAAUGGUUAGGUGUUGACGUGGAUAAUGAUGAAGAAUUAUCUGCUAGGUUUUGCCUCACGGAUGCUCAGGUUCCAGAAAAUCUUCACAAAGAAUGGCCAAAGAAAUUUGAACUUAUAUUUAUCGUAACAUUAACUGCCAAUACUUUAAAAAAUACAUUGGAAGUUAAAAAUAAGGGCGCUGAACCAUUUGAUUUUAAUGCUCUUUUACAUACUUAUUAUUACGUCCCGGAUAUUUCCAAGGUUUCAAUCAAAGGGCUAAACAAUAUUACUUAUAUUGAUAAAGUUACAAAUUUCACACGCGCUCUGGAUGCAAAGGAUUCAAUUACAAUCGAUCAAGAAACUGAUCGCAUUUAUGAAAAUGUUCCUCGAGAUGAAUUCCUUAUCGAUUUGUGUCAGCCGGAUGGCGUGGGUAAUUUCACCCUAAAGAAGAUCAAUUUAAAGGAUACAGUUGUUUGGAAUCCAUGGAUUGAUAAAGCUCGCUCAAUGUCGGACUUUGAUGAUGAAGAGUACAAAAAUAUGGUUUGUGUUGAGCCUGGGACAGUUACGGAAUAUGUUAAAUUAGAAGCUGAUAAAACUUGGGAAUGUGGUCAAAUUCUGAAAGUUCAACUAUGA